CAUUUGCUAAAGCAAAGGAAAAGAGCUAUACAGAAGAGCGAUUCCAAAUCUCACGCUCGUUUACAAGACCAGAUAAACAAGCUAAUUCGAGAGAACCAGUUAAAUGCCGUCAAACAAGAGAACAAAAAUCAGAAAACCGGAUCAAAACAGUGGUGGUCCAAUGUGAACAGUAUUACAGGAAGAAAUAAUCGGAGUCGAUCUGUCAGUGCAGCCUUUGAUCCUAGUGAGAUAAAUGUAUACUUUCAAAGUAUAAACUCGGAUCCUCAGUACGCGGCUCCAGAACCUGUCGAGAUCCCUGAUGGCACCAGGGUUCCUUCGCUCUCUAUAAAUACUACUCUACACCUUUUACAAAAUCUAAAACGAACAGCAUCCGGGCCAGAUGAUCUACCUUACUGGUUUUGGAAGGAAUUUGCAUUUGAGCUUGCCCCUACCAUAACAAAUAUAUUUAACACUUCAUUGAAACUUAGCAAAGUUCCUAAAAUGUGGAAACAUGCAAAUGUACUACCAGUACCUAAAGAAUCUAUCUUAAACUCUCUUAAUCAACUAAGACCAAUCUCUUUAACAGAUAUUAUAAUGAGAUUAUUUGAAAGAAGUGUGUUUAAAACUGAGAUAGCACAUGUUACAAGACACGCUAUUGAUUCAGAUCAGUUUGCAUACAAGGAAGGUCACAAUUCGAUUAUGGCUCUGAUCAAGUGCCAACACACAUGGUUAAGAUGGUUAGAAGGAGAUGCAAAAUAUGUCAGAGUAUUAUCUUUUGACUUUCGCAAAGCAUUCGAUAGCGUUCCACACGAUAUUUUAUGUGAGAAGCUUGAGAAGCUCCCCAUCAACCCAUAUGUUACUAAUUGGCUGAUUAGUUUUUUGGAGGAUAGGAAACAGAGGAUAGUGGUUGAUGGAAUAGAAACUGAAUACUUGAACAUUAAUCGAGGUGUUCCCCAAGGAACAGUUCUGGGUCCUGUCCUCUUUUCGAUCAUGGUGAAUGACAUCAAAACAGUUAACCCCAUAAACCAGUUAGUUAAGUUCGCGGAUGACAUGACAUUAGAAGUACCAGGGAAUGAAAACGGAGAUACAUCCCAAGCCGAAGUGGACAGUAUACAAACAUGGUCUGAAAAUAAUCAAAUGUCCUUAAAUAUGGAAAAGACGUAUGAAAUGAUUGUUAGGAGAAAUAUCCCUACGCUGUUGCCUGAUCCUUUUCCAUUUAUUAAACGAAGGACGUGGUUAUCUUAGGAAUUACAUUACAGGAUCUCCCUUCCAA